AUGCUUACCGGGCACAACGAGCAGACGGCACUCCUCCGGGAGAUUAUGCAACAGGGCAGAGCGCCGCGGCUUGAACAUCACCACCAGCCAACUAUUCCUGGAUAUGAGCAGUUUCUGGGUACUCAGCCACCACUUUUUCACAAAGCGGAUGAGCCAUUGGAAGCGGACAGUUGGCUCCGGACCAUUGAGUCCAAAUUCACCCUACACCCGCACAAUGAUGGGGACAAGGGAGGAUUUGUAGCUCAGCAGCUCAGGGAUCCUGCACGCACAUGGUGGGACAAUCACGUGGCCAUGUUCCCUGCGGGCACUCAAUUCACCAAGGCGGAGUUCAAAGAAGCAUUCAGAGCACAUCAUAUCCCUGCAGGGGUCAUUCGCAGGAAGCUCACUGAGUUCUUAGCCCUGAAGCAGAGUGAUAACAGUGUGAUGCAGUAUGCCCAGGCCUUCAACACACUGUCACAGUACACCGGUUAUCACGUGGAUACUGAUGAGAAGAAACAGGCGUGUUUCCGGCAGGGACUUAGCAGCAAGCUCCAGGAUCGCCUGGCGAUGAUCAAGUUUGACACCUUCAGUGAGCUGGUCAACGGGGCUAUUAUUCAGGAGGAUGCCCAUCUAGCUCACAAGACAGAAAAGAAGGGAAAGGCGCCGGCAACGGGAUCUGCUAGCAGCGCCCCACAGAGGUUUCGCCUUGUGUAG